CUCCAGUCCAGGGCGGGGCUGACUCUCCGCCGAACUGAAUUAGGCUACAACCGGCAGAAGAAAACUUAGCCCGGGUCGAUCCAUGGAGCAGUGUGGGAAUGCUCUGUCCGUAAGGUGGGAAAGCAGACGCGCGGACGGAACGGACCUUUCAGAGCCAUCAUCCCGGACUGCUGUGAUCCGGCACCGGCUUUGAACAGCAGGACACCGGUGAUCCAAACAUCUGCUGGGGGGGUGGAAAAAAAAGACGCGUUUAUUCCCACAGCUGUCAGAAUGAUGUGACAAAUCACUGGUGGGCUACCUGAGGGACAUCUGUGAAGCCGGAUUUUUUAUUCCCACCCCCCUCCACCACCACCCCCCCACACCCCCCUUCUACUCACACACACAUACUGCUGGAGAUCAUCUAAGCUGGUUGUCAGAAGGCUGGCAGGCCUGGGGUGGGACAGAGAACAUGGCUGAACCACGGCGGGAGAGCACCAGCAGCCUGCAGAGGAAGAAACCUCCCUGGCUCCGACUGGACAUUCCCACGGCUCAGAUGUCACUUGACGAGCCUCCCACUUUUGUUCAGCCGGUGAAGAGGCAGGGGUUCCUGCGCAGUAUCAGCAUGCCAGUGGAGACCUCUCAUCUCCAGUCGCCACCCCGUGACCUCUUUGACACCCGACGGCCUGUCCUGCAACGUCAGUCAUCCAUCACUCAGACCAUAAAGAGCAGCAGGAGGGUGCACUUUGAGCGGAUUAACACGGUGCCCAUUAAGGGCCAGCGAGCUGCCCGCCGCAGCACCAGGAAACACCACUCACUCUCCAGAACCCUGCUCAGGGGCACAGCAGACUGGUUUGGGGUCAGUAAAGAUGGGGACGCCACUCAGAAAUGGCAGAGGAAGAGCCUGCGUCACUGCAGCCUGCGAUAUGGAAAGCUGAAGCCGCAGGUGAUCCGAGAGAUGGAUCUGCCCAGCCAGGACAACAUCUCCUUAACCAGCACUGAGACUCCGCCUCCUCUUUACGUCCCAGCUUCACAGCAUGGCAUGCAAAAGAUUGUGGACCCCCUGGCCCGAGGACGAGCUUUCCGAAUGGUGGAGGAGGUGGAUGGAUACAGCGUGCCUCAGACUCCCAUCACCCCAGGAGCCGCUUCCCUCUGCUCCUUCACCAGCUCCCGCUCAGGUCUUAACCGGCUGCCCCGUCGACGCAAGAGGGAGUCUGUGGCCAAGAUGAGCUUCAGGGCAGCAGCAGCACUGGUCAAAGGACGGUCAUUUCGGGAAAGUACUCUAAGACGGGCCCAAAGACGCAGCUUCACACCUGCCAGCUUCAUGGAGGAGGAUGUGGUCGACUUUCCUGAUGAACUGGACACAUCCUUCUUUGCCAGAGACAUUCUCAUGCAGGAGGAGCUGUCCACAUACGCAGAUGAGGUGUUUGAGUCGCCGUCGGAGGCGGCCGUAAAGGAAGCAGAGCCCAGCAACAAGAAGGACGAGACGGAGCUGACAGGCAGCGCUCUGGAUAAAACUGAACUGGAGAGAAGUCACCUCAUGCUGCCUCUGGAGCGAGGGUGGAGAAAAGCCAAAGAAGGAACCCCAGGGCCUCCGAAGGUGCCCUUACGGCAGGAGGUGGUGAGUGUUAAUGGACAGCGUCGGGGGCAGAGGAUCGUUGUACCUGUCAAGAAGCUUUUUGCCCGAGAGAAGAGGCCUUAUGGGCUGGGCAUGGUGGGAAAACUCACCAACCGCACCUACCGCAAGCGCAUUGACAGCUACGUCAAGAGGCAAAUCGAGGACAUGGAUGACCAUAGGCCUUUUUUUACAUACUGGAUCACCUCUGUCCAUUUACUCAUCACUAUUUUGGCUGUAUGCAUCUAUGGUUUUGCACCAGUGGGUUUCUCCCAGCAUGAGACUGUUGAUUCUGUUUUAAGAAACAAAGGUGUGUAUGAAAAUGUCAAGUUUGUGCAGCAGGAGAACUUUUGGAUUGGGCCGAGUUCGGAAGCUCUAAUCCACUUGGGGGCCAAAUACUCUCCAUGCAUGCGUCAGGACAAGCAGGUGCAUGAUCUUAUCAGGGUAAAGAGAGCUAUCGAACGCGACUCUGCCUGCUGUGUGCGUAAUGAUCGCUCAGGCUGUGUCCAAACCUCAGAGGAAGAGUGCUCGAGUACUCUAGCUGUGUGGGUAAAGUGGCCGAGGCAUUCCAGCACUCCACAGUUAAACGGUAAAGACAGACAGUACGGCUCGGUGUGUCAUCAGGAUCCCAGAAUUUGUCUAGAGCCCGCCUCAGUAUCACCUCAUGAAUGGCCUGAUGACAUCACCAAAUGGCCAAUUUGUACCAGGUACAACACAGGGAACCACACCAACCUGCCUCAUAUAGACUGUACCAUCACAGGCCGACCUUGCUGCAUUGGAACCAAAGGGAGGUGUGAAAUCACAUCCCGAGAAUAUUGUGACUUCAUGAAGGGCUACUUUCAUGAGGAAGCUACUCUCUGCUCUCAAGUGCAUUGCAUGGAUGAUGUAUGCGGACUGCUUCCUUUCCUCAACCCUGAGAUCCCAGAUCAAUUUUACAGACUCUGGCUCUCACUUUUCCUUCAUGCUGGAAUCCUUCACUGCCUGGUGUCGGUGGCGUUCCAGAUGACCAUCCUGAGGGACCUGGAGAAGCUGGCAGGGUGGCUACGAAUUUCAAUCAUUUACAUCCUCAGUGGCAUCACUGGCAACUUGGCCUCAGCCAUAUUCCUGCCCUACAGAGCAGAGGUGGGUCCAGCUGGCUCUCAGUUCGGGAUCCUGGCCUGCCUGUUUGUGGAGUUAUUCCAGAGCUGGCAGAUCCUGGCCCAGCCCUGGAGGGCCUUCACAAAGCUCCUGUGUGUGGUACUCUUCCUCUUUGCCUUUGGGUUACUGCCCUGGAUCGACAAUUUCGCCCACAUCUGCGGCUUCAUCUCCGGCUUCUUCCUGUCCUUCGCCUUCUUACCGUACAUCAGCUUCGGCCGUAUGGACCUGUAUCGAAAGCGCUGUCAGAUCAUUGUGUUCUUGCUGGUGUUCGUCGGGCUCUUUUCAGGCCUCGUGGUGCUCUUCUAUGUCUACCCAAUCAAGUGUGAAUGGUGUGAGUUGCUCACGUGCAUCCCCUUCACGGACAAAUUCUGCGAGAAAUACGACCUCAAUGCUCACCUCCAUUGAAGUGAGCGUUAAAGAAAGGCAUCAGGUCAAAGACGUGGGCUGACAGACGGUAUCAGCAUCAGUCUGUGGCUCCACUCUGCCCCUGUGUGGCCGGGGGGACGUCCCCUUCUCUGUGAACUAUGACAAUAUGCUUGUGUUUUUUUUUUUUACUCUGUCAGUAUAAAUACGUAUGUCACGCAUCAGAAGGACUUCCUUGAAUCACCUCCCUGUCACUCCUUCACUGUCCAGUGAAAACAAAGGUUUUACACUCACCAGAGCUCCUGCCCUUUACAUGUAGGAAACAGAAAAGCCAGCGCUGGUACAGAAAGAACAAUAUGUUUGGUUUUUUUUACAUU